UUAGUUUUGAUAGUAUGUUCACUUUCUCUAUUACAGGUAAGGUUGUUUUUCAAGACCCUCUUCAUCGACCUCGUGUUUACGAAGGAGCACCUCCAGGAAUUCAUGUAACAACCGUACAUGCAUAUGACUCAGGCAGGAAGGCAGUAACUUACAAUCUGCUAGAUGUCAGAGAAUACACGUUCUUCAGUGUUGAUUCUUUGACUGGCAAUAUAUCCACGGCGAAGACAAUCAAUAAAAGAAUUGGCGAUACUUACGAAAUCAUUGUUGUAGCAAUCAGCCAAGGGGAAACAAAAUUGCGCCAACUGCAAAUCGCUGUUUCAGAAUACAAUAUCCAUCCUCCUGUCUUUGAACAUGACGUUUACAGAGGUGAAAUGCACAUACGUUCCAAAGUUGGUUCUACAGUUCUAAAGGUGAAAGCAAAAGACGAAGAUAUGGUUUCUUAUAACGCAAAGGUUCUGUACAAACUGGAUUUUCCAUAUGAUUCACGUGGCCGUUUCACUAUUGAUCCAGCAACUGGUGUAUUGUCUUUGGUAAGAGCGUUGGACAUCGAAACUUCUGAGCCGGUCAUAGAUUUAGGAGUAACAGCUGUUGAUGGUGGAUCACCCGUAAGAACAGAUUAUGCCAAGAUUGAGAUACUUGUAAAGACAAUAUCAGAACCUAGAGAUGUAAGGUCUGCAAACGCUACGGGAUCUACUGUUCAAGUAUGCUGGUCACGUCCAGAAUUUGGCCAAGUUCUAGGAUAUAUCAUUAAAUACAGAGAACAAAAAAGUCCACACGGCACCCCAGCCUUUUUGAAUAUCACAUCAGGCGCAACGUCGAAGUGUUCAACUUUGGUGGAGCUUAAACCUUGGACGGAUUACGAAUUUAGGAUAUACGGUUGGAAUAGAUAUGAAACUGGUCAAGGAAGUUCAGUCGGUAGCUUUGGAACAAGACCAGACUACUGUCAAAUGAAUAUUUGUCAACAUGGUGAAUGUCAUAUACUCAAUGAAGAACCUGGAUACCACUGUGAUUGCAAAGAAGGAUACUACGGUGAGGUCUGUGAAAAAUUGAAUCCCUGCAUUCUGGAACCGUGUGAGAACUUUGGAAAGUGCUUCAACAUUACAAACAACAAGCACCGAUGCGAAUGUCUCCCCGGAUUCUCUGGACAAAACUGCAGUGAUUUCAAUCCUUGUGCAAUCAGGCCAUCUCCCUGCCUGAAUGGAGGGCGAUGCGAAAGUACAGCCAGCCACAAGUACCAAUGUUAUUGCAUGGAAGGAUAUUACGGAAAAACAUGCCAGUUUUAUAAUCCUUGUUCUGAAGAACCGUGUAAAAACGCAGGGAAGUGUCAUAAUGAAUCACAAGAGGAGUAUAUUUGCAAAUGUGCCUCUGGAUUUACUGGUAGAAAUUGUGAGGUGGAUAUAGACGAUUGUGAAUCAUCUCCUUGCAAGCAUGGGGGUACUUGUAAGGAUGAAAUCAAUGACUUCUAUUGUCAUUGUGCACCUGGAUACAAAGGAAAACGCUGUAACCUUGUAGAACAUUGUCCUUCUGACACAUUGUACAGCAGUAAAGGUGUAUUUCGAUGGAAUUCUACCUCCCAUGGAAGUGCCCAGUUAAUCGAAUGUCCUUUUGGAUCCAGUUAUCCUGAUCAAGAGUCCUCCACUGGUUACGCCAAGAGGAAAUGUUACCUUCUAUCGAAUGGAUCUGUCGUUUGGGGACAAACAAAUCUCAGUAGUUGUCGAGAAGAGGUGUAUAAAACUGCUGAAGAGCUCACUGCUGAACUUUUCAUUCUAACCGAAGAUCCUAGACACCUAAACAUCGAACGCCUUCAAGUAGCCACAAAACAAAUAGAAGGAGUCUUUGAAUAUGCUUUGCAUGAUAAAAGGAUUGCCUAUAACGUGUUGUCCAUUGUCAGCAAUUUACUAGCUAUCAGUGAUUCUCUUCUAUGGACUGGAGAUGUUAAUGGCACUGUCACUAGAAGAAUAACAGAUUUGGUUGACAAAUAUGCAUCGGAUGUUAGUUUGGAGAGAGGAGAGGAGUUACAAAUUGAAACAGAGAAUUUGGUUGUCAAGGUUGUGUCUUGGGAUAGAGAAAUAAAUGGAGUUGGAAGCGAUGACUUAACAUUUAUGGUACAUUAUCAAACUCGGCAGCAAAAAGAAAGCAGAAGCAAAGGAGGAAACAGAUCAUUACUGAUUCCACCUUCUUUUUUGGAUGAUAUAAGAGAUGAUGGGAUGAUUUCAUUUAACAAUGACGCUGAAUUGUCUUUACCAGUUGAAGCCAUACACCUACUUCAGAACCAAACUUAUCAAGACGUAAGAAUAAAGUUUGUGGCUUAUAAAAAUGAUAAGUUUUUUCGUGAAAAGCCUAGUAAAAGAUGGCAACAGUGUUAUGACAGUAGCAAAUUUAGCUCUCAACGCAAAUGCCUAUAUAUUGGAGCUACAGGAUAUCAAGGUCGUCAAGUUCUACAAGCAAGUUUGAUGAAUUUUGUAAUAAAUAAUUUAUCCACUCCAGUUGUAUACAUUCUGCCUUCUCCAACAAAUGUUAAAGUCUUCUGCGCAUAUUGGGACGAGGAUGAGCACAAGUGGGCAACAGAUGGUUUGAUAACCAAUCAGAGUGAUAAUUCAACAACAUGUUUAUCAUUCCACCUGACAUCUUUCUCUCUGUUGUUGGAUCCCAGUCGGUUUGAUGCUGCAAAUCGCUAUGCCUUUCUUCUUUCAAUUAUUAUUUAUAUAGGAUGUGGAUUAUCAAUGCUGGGACUAUUGUUAACAAUUAUAACAUAUUCUAUAUUUAGAUGCCUGAAUCGUGAAAAUCCAGGAAAGAUAUUGAUACAACUUUGUAUUUCGAUGUUGAUGUUGAAUGUAGUGUUCGUAUUAGGAUCUCAGCGAGGAUGGAACAUAUUUAGCAUCGACAUUUGUGCUGUGGUUGCUUUAUUGAUACACUAUUUUCUCUUAUCAACACUUACUUGGAUAUGCGUUGAAGCAAUUAAUAUGCAUCAACUUCUAGUUCACAUAUUCAUAUCUUCUGGAUCCUGCUUCAUGUUGAAAAGGACAGUUCUAGCAUGGGGUAUACCUUUAAUAAUAGUUGGCGUCACCGUAGUGAUGCACUGGGAAGUGUAUAACUAUCAGAAUGAAUACUGCAUUUUGUCUCCUACGAAUCCUUAUAUCUAUUACAUCAGUUUCUUGGGUCCUAUUUGCUUCAUGAUCUGCAUCAAUUUAAUAAUAUUUCUGAUGAUCACCAGAGUAUUGUUCAGUUCGCAAAAUAUAACUGUUAAGAAGCCAACUCAAUGCGGUAAAAGUGAUAAAUUUCUUGUCACUACAGUUCAGAUUAAAGGAGCUUUUAUUGUCAUGGUUCUUCUGGUUGUAUCAUGGAUUUUCGGAGCUUUUGUUGAUGGUGAUACAAAAUUAUAUUUCCAGUAUGUGUUCUGCGUAGCAAAUUCAUUGCAGGGUCUGAUAAUAUUUCUAGUCAGGUGUUUGCAUUAUUCCGAAGCAAGAGGUGCAUGGUAUCAACUGAUCAAAACUGGUACUUUUAAGAAAUACCGAGGAGUUAUUCCACCCGAUACUUGGUCCGGUAAUACUUGUUCUACUAGUCCUAAUAAAAUAAAUGGCAGUUCCACAGCAACGCGUGUUGACAGCGCUGACAUUACAAAUCAGGGUGCUUUCUGGAGCGGAGAGGGACCUAUUACUUCAGGACCAACCACAGUUGCGAGGGACACUAGUUGCAUCUCUGGCUACAGUAAUCCAACACUGACGAUGCCAUCAGACAGAGCAUCUGAUUAUGCUACGAUUCACAGGGGAUCAGUACAUCUGUUGAAUUUUAGUAACAGCGGAAUUACUUUAGAGCCAAUUGACGUCGGAGGUGAUGAAACUAUCAGAAAUCUGAGCAGAUCUAACUCUGGAUUUGUAAAAGAUAACGAAAACACUGCAAGUAAUUACUCCGGUGCAGAAACACUAAGAAGUAAUUACUAUUUUGAUAAAAAUCCUGAAAGAAACAAUCAUCAAGGUGACAUAAAUCCAGAUAAGACAGCUGUUCAAAGGAAAGACAGAAAAAUGAGCUUCUUAGCGAGAGAGAAGGCACCCGAAAAUUCGGAUGAUUUCUGUCGGGACAUGAAUGAAGAGAAAAACGCGACAGACAGACUAACAGCAACAACCUUGGAUCGAAAGAUUUAUGCUUCCAGAGCGUCGAGUUUAUUUGGAAACUUCAGGUCAGAUUCACAACCAGAUUUGGGCAAACAAAACUCGUGGCCUAGAACUUUGAGUUCUUUUUCAGGAGAAAGAGAUUUCAUGGAAAUUACGUCUCAAGCAAAGAGUGAUUUCCCAAACCCUACCGAAAACGACGUAAUCACCAAGGAUAAUCAUUCAUACAAGUUAUUACCACUUAAUGUUCAACAAACGCAUCCUUCAUUCUUGCAUUCAUAUUUUACUUUAAGGAGGGGCAGUAAUUUCUCUCAAAUGAGUCCAAGACUUCAUUCACCGUUUAAUGAGACCAACUCUCUGCCAGGCAGAGCUGCCAGUCAUCUGGCGCACCCUAACUUCGAUGCUUCCAAUCGAAUUUUGGCAAACAUUUAUCCAGAUUCAAUGCCCCAACAUUCAUCAAAAGGUUGGGAAAAUGUUCCAUUAGAAAAUGACUAUGGGUUUGAAGUUGUGGGUAAUGAAGUGUCCAUAUCUGGUCCAACAACGCGAGUGUAUGUAUCCCAGACUCCGUUGGUUAAACAGCAUGUGGCAACACAAAGUGACCUUUUGGAAGACAUAGAUUCCUUCAAAAUCUAUGAAAGCCAAAAUGGAGAGUCACCGUCACAAUCAUUAUUCGAAGAAACAGUUGCUUCCAAAUUAUGAUCUGUACAUGAUUAAUAAUGUUUAGUCAUUGCAUAGUAUUUACAGUUUAUUACGACAAUGAGAUUUGCUUAUGGUAUUUAUACAUCUGUGAUAACGGAUAAGAUUAGAUGGGUGGUUUAAACCGUGGACGUCAAACACGAGUAAAAAUAUUCACACAAAAAAUUGGAAAAUGUAUUCAUUUAGGAAAUGAGCAUGGGUUUAAAGUAACAGGGUGAGGUAGCUAUAUCUGGUUCAGCAACAGACUUGUUCCUGGUUACCGGUUUACCAACGAACAUGUGGAAGCAAAGUGACAUCUUAAAAAGCAUAGAGACAUUCAACAUUUAUGAAAAAAGACAGUUCCUUACUAUGCAAAGAAACAGUUCCUCCAGAAUUAAUGUGCUUACAAAAGAAUAACUAGUUGAUGUUUUCUCAUUGUAUAAACUUCUUUUUACACAUCAUGACAAUGAUAUUUAACUUUUGGUAUUGAUUUAUCUGUGAUAAUGGACUGGAUAAGUUAAGUGUUUUAGACAACUGAAGAAAAAA